AUGCCCCUGGGUCAGAGGAGUGAGCUGUGGAAGCUGGAGGGAGACCCAGGCCCGGCGCAGGGCCUGGUGGAGGCACAGCUGUCGGGGGCUGGGGAGGAGGAGGUCCCCCGCGCCCCCGCCUCCUUCUCCGCCUGGGCCUCCUCCCAGUCCGCCGCCCCAUCUGGCUCCUGCUCUGCCCUGUUUUUGUCUGACCAGGGCUCCAGCAACUCCGAUGAGGAGGGGUCGAGCCCCUGCGAGGAGCCCGAAGAAGCCCAGCCGGGGCUCCAAAACAUAGUCCAGGGGAAGCUGGCCGACCUGCUGGAGUUCUUGCUCCUCAAGUAUCACACCAAGGAGCCGACCAGCCAGGCAGAGAUGCUGGAGGUCGUUGGCAAGGACGCCCAGGAUGCCUUCCCUGUGAUCUUGGGCCAAGCCUCCGAGUGCAUGCGGCUGCUCUUUGGUAUGGAUGUGAAGGAAGUGGACCCCAGCGACCACUCCUACAUCCUGGUGUCCGUCCUGGGCCUCACCUGUGACGGGAUGCUGAGCGGUGAGGAGGGAGUGCCCAAGACCGGCCUCCUGGUGGUGCUCCUGGGGGUGAUCCUCCUGCAUGGCGACCGUGCCCCCGAGGAGGAGGUGUGGGAAACGCUGGGGGUCAUGGGGGUGUAUGCCGGCCAGGAGCACAUCAUCUAUGGGGAGACCAGGGAGCUCCUCACCAAUGUCUGGGUGCAGGAAGGGUACCUGGAGUACCAGCAGGUGCCUAGCAGCGACCCUGCCCGCUACGAGUUCCCGUGGGGUCCCAGGGCCCACGCCGAAACCAGCAAGUUGCAAAUGCUGGAGUAUUUGCUCCGGGUCAAUCGCGGGCAGCCGGAUUCCUCCCUGGCCCUGUCUGAAGGGGCUAUGAGAGAUGAGGAAGAGGGGGUCUGA